UGUAGACGCAAUUUCACUACGAAGCCAAGCCAUAUUUUUGUGUUUGUGUUUCAGCUUCUCACUUUUCUCACUUCUCACUUCGGUGGCCGCGACUUUCCACGGGCCCUCGUCCACCAGCUACGCUGUCUCUCGGCGUCAGUCGUUGCUCUUCGUACCCAUCCUUAUCCUUCAUCUCCUUUCUAAAAAAUUUCGGUGAAGACAAGGAAAAUGAUACCCCCGCCCCUGUUUCCACACCUUCUCUUCUUUCGGGGGGUUUCGUAUAUUGAAUUAUUUGCAUGAUCGAUGGCUGACCAACCCACAAACUUAAUGCUUCUCCAAUUUGUCACACUCUGAUUUUCAUACAUUCAUUUUCGGUUCUGUUUGCCCACUUACUUUCUUGCUUAUUUAUUUUAUUUGUUUUUAUUUCUAAUACGCAGGACUUGUGCAAGAUACAAGCUUGAUUUUGCUUUUAUUGGGAAGCGCAAGUGUCUUAGAUGUGUGAGGUAGUGGAAAUUUCAGAUGACGAGGAUCCUUUAAUGCCAGAAAAUGAUGUUAGGAUCAUGCCAAAGGAUGAGAGUUCGAAUUAUGAUUUUCCGCCACUGGAUGCAUGUUCAAGACCUGGUGUGGUGAAGGGAAUGCUGAGUUAUUAUUAGAGACUCUCUUUGCAUAUUCUGAACAUCAGCAACCAAAGACAGAAAUUUUAUAUGAUGGUUUAUGCAGCAGAAACAAUAAUGAUUUAGCUGAAAACCUUCACCAAACAGAGGCUUUUAAUAAAUCAGAAUCAUCAGAUUCUCUCAAUAGCUUGUUUGGCGAGGAUACAAAUAAGAACUCCUAUGUUGACAGAGGUUUUCAUCUGAAAGAGGAAUCUGAUGAUGGCAGUGGAAUUACUGAUGAGAAAAUGGCAUCGUUGUUAAAAAUGAAUUUCUCUUUGGAUGAAGUUGGGUUUGCUAUGGAUAAACUUGGCAAACACGCCUCAAUUGGUCAAUUGAUGGACUUCAUCUUUGCUGCACGGAUGGCCAAAAAGUAUGACAAAGAUUCAAACCAUCCAUCUCCAAGAGAUGAAGAAAGUAAAAAGGCCUACAGCAACGACACCUUGUUUGGUAUUAUGGAGAAGACGCUUCGAUUGCUUGAAAUGGGCUUUACUGAGAACGAAAUUUCUGCAGCUUUUGAAAAAUGCGGUUCAGAAGCUCCUCUGCCAGAGCUUGCUGAUUCAAUUGUUGCAGCUGGUACUGGCCCUACUGCUGGUAAGUAUUCUUCGACUUCUUUGAGCAACUCAGGCAUUGGAGUUAGCUGUCGAUCUUUAAAAAGAAAGGUGGGAGAUUGCUUAAUGAAUCGGCCUUUCGACUCGUUAUAUAUAAAAACUGAGGAAUACAGUUCAGAUAUCGUAUCUCAAGUUGGGACUUCUGACUUGCUUCAAAAAUUAAAAGGCAAGAUGCCAGACGAGGAAGACACGGAUGAACCAAACAAUUGGAAGACACCCAAGCAAGAGUUUAUGGAAGAAACUGGCAAUCCUGUUGGCCGGAGGUGGCUAGAAACAAGAAGGGGAAACUCGACCACAACCAGUAACCGGGUGGCAGCCUUACACAGACGAGUUGGCCUUAUGGAAAGUCUAGAGGAAGAUAGAAAGCCUACAAUGUGCAUAUCCAACCCCUCCAAGAGCCUUACUAGUGUGGUGGCUAAAUUACCUUAUUUUCUUUAUGGAAAUGUCACAAAUUUAUCUCACGAGUCUUGGGCCAAAAUAUCAAAGUUUCUGUAUUCACUUCAGCCUGAAUUUGUGAAUACUCAAUCCUACUCAGCCUUGAGCAGAAAGGAAGGCUAUGUACACAAUCUUCCCACUGAAGAUAGGUUUCACAUUUUCCCAAAGGGACCAAUGACUAUAGAAGAAGCUGUACCCUGUACGAGAAAAUGGUGGCCACCCUGGGAUAACAGGAAGCAGCUGAGUUACAUCAACUGUGAUACUAGUGGGAUAUCCUAUCUAUGUGACAAGCUUGGAAGAAUGUUGGCUGAAUCCAGAGGGCUUCCAUCAGCUGAGCUGCAGAGAGAACUUGUCCAGCAAUGUGAGGCAAAGAGUCUUGUGUGGGUUGGCAAUUACAAGUUGGCCCCAGUAGAACCUGAAGAUCUAGAACGCAUUAUGGGCUACCCAUUGCAUCACAGCCGAGUUGCUGGAUUUAGCUUGGAAGAAAGACUGAGAUCGCUCAAACUCUCUUUCCAGACAGAUGCAUUGGGGUAUCAUCUUUCUGUGUUGAGGAGGUUAUUUCCUGGAGGGGUAACUGUGUUAUCAUUCUUUAGUGGAAUAGGUGGAGCUGAAGUUGCUUUACACCGACUGGGCAUUCAUUUGAAGGGUGUGGUGUCGGUGGAGUCUUGUGAAACGAAGCGCAGAAUUGUGAAGAAAUGGUGGGAGAAUAGUGGACAGAGUGGAGAAUUGAUACAGAUAGAGAGCAUCCACAAGUUAUCAAGUAGCAGACUGGAGGAUUUGAUUAAAAAGUUUGGGGGGUUUGAUAUAGUGAUAUGUCAGAAUCCAUAUUCGGGAGCAGAUAGUGAUAGGAUGGCACUGACAGGUCUAGACUUUUCAAUGUUUGUUGAGUUUGUACGAGUUGUGCAGCGUGUAAGGUCUACAAUGGAGAGAAAUAGAUGAAACAUUUUCCUUGUGGUAAUAGCAGUAGUAUGGAUCAUCUGUCGUCUGUGGUUUUAUUUUGUUUAUAUGUUGCCAUAAUAAGUGAGUUAAUAUGUUUGUGAAUUGUGAUCCCCCAAUUACUCAUUCCAGAAGAGAAUGUUUCAAGUCAA